UUCCCUCUCUUAAGCGCCCCGUACUCGCUUGUGCUCUCUCUCUCUCUCUCUCUCCCGACUGCCUGGCAGCGCGUCACAGAGAGUAAAGAAGAUCCAUCCCCUCCCAAAUCCCACAACACUUCCACCACCGCCACCUCUACCUCUCCUUUCAGGAACAAACACCAACCGUAAAAAAGUCUCGUCUUUUCUUUUCUUCUCUUUUCGUUCAUUCCAUGGUCCGGGCUCUGGCAUGGAUUUGAGGAAGCCCCUCUUCUUCGAGCAUUUGCUCUCCUCCAAGCGCCGUGUUGUCUCCGGCUUCGGCGUCGGUGCGGCCGCUUCCCUCCUCGUCAUCUUUCUCCUCCUCUUCCUCGGCGCUCCCCCCGCCGCCUCCUCCUCCUCCUCCUCCUCGAUCCUCUCCUGGUUCUUCUCCGUCCCGGAGCAGCAGAAGGCCGUGGGUCCACCGUCCCCGGAAGAGGGGCUGGAGACGGCCAGCGUCGACGGGAAUUCGUCGAGGACGACGGUGGGGGAGGAUGCUGGAGGCCCGAGCAAUCAUUCGGUGAAUGCCCAGGAUCUCUCGGGCAAGAUCCAGUUCCAGGAGGACAAACCGAAACCGUCCGCCGCAAUAAAGGAUGGCGAUGGCGGAACGGCGCCGCCGGAGGAGAACAUCAUCAAGGGGGCUCGUUCUUCUAUUCCGCGUCCGAGCAAUGGCACCCGCCCCAGCGGAGGCGACGGGAUUCCGGAGAAAACCCAGUACGCAACAAGAAAAAACGCGUCCAGAGACGGCGAUGACGGAAAGAUUCUCGAGUUCAGGGACGGAGUGGGCGGGCAGGAUCAGGAAAGGAACCGACUUGAUCCAGGAGGAGCAGGGAAAAAUCAUAACACAAGCUGCAGCAGUGGUGAAGGGAGGGCUAGCGAGCGAGUGGAGGAGGAGGAGGCGGCGGCGGCUUCUUCUUCUUCAGCAGGCAAGAAUAAUAGUACUAGUAAUAAUAAUAGGAAUAACAAUAAUAAUGGAUCCGGUCCCAGCAAGGCACCGGGACCGGGAGGGCUGUCCGGAAAGUGCGAUAUAUUCGACGGAAGAUGGGUGAGGGAUGAGCAGGAGCCAUACUACCCUGCGGGUUCUUGUCCUUUCAUUGACCGUGAUUUCGACUGCCAUACGAACGGGAGACCCGAUGAUGGCUUCUUGAAAUGGAGAUGGCAACCCUACCACUGCGAUAUUCCUCGAUUAAAUGCAACGGAUUUUCUUGAAAGACUGAGAGGCAAGAGGAUACUUUUUGUGGGUGACUCGUUGAACCGAAAUAUGUGGGAGUCUUUGGUCUGCAUUCUUCGCCAUAGUGUCAAAUAUAAAAAAAGAGUUUAUGAAGCCUCAGGAAGAAGCCAGUUCAAAACAAGAGGUUAUUACUCCUUCAAAUUCAAGGAUUAUAAAUGCUCUGUAGACUUUGUAAGAUCACCAUUUCUGGUUAGGGAAUUAUAUUAUAAAAAUGCUAAUGGAUCUGAGGAUGAGAAGUUAAGGCUGGACGUGUUGGAUGAAACAACCUCAUCAUAUCGUGAAGCUGAUAUAGUAGUUUUCAAUACAGGCCACUGGUGGACUCACGAAAAAACAUCCAAAGGAAUUGACUACUAUCAAGAAGGUGACCAUGUGUAUCCAGUUCUCAAGGUCAUGGAAGCCUACAAGAAGGCUCUCACCACUUGGGCUAGAUGGGUUGACAAGAACAUCAAUUCCAAGAAAACUCAAGUUGUUUUCAGAGGAUAUUCUCUCACACACUUCAGGGGGGGGCAGUGGAACUCUGGUGGGCAGUGUCAUAAGGAAAUCGAGCCAAUCUUCAACCAGUCCUAUCUUGCACAUUACCCUUCAAAGAUGAGAGCUUUGGAGCAAAUUCUAAAACAGAUGAAAACAACAGUUGUUUACCUCAACAUCAGUAGGCUUACAGAUUAUAGGAAGGAUGGCCACCCUUCCAUAUACAGAAAGAAAUAUCAAUCAGUGGAAGAGCAGAUUGCUGCUGAGAAGACUCAGGACUGCAGCCACUGGUGCUUGCCGGGAAUACCCGAUUCAUGGAACGAGCUGCUCUAUGCUUCCUUGCUAAUGGUUGGCAAAGGAUCAUGGAGAAGAUGAACAGGUAAUUCCACCGCGUCAUCCAGAGAUGGCUUUGCCAAUAUUUAGUAUCCUCGAUCAUGUACGAUCGUGGCAGAAGUUGUCAGUGUAGCUUCGCCAAAAUUCAAUGUAGCAAAAGUAUCUUCCAUCACAUUCAACAAGGGCACAGGAUAUUGGUGCACACUUCACCGUGACUGGAGAUUGCAACAAUUUCACUUGUAUCUGUCAUUGUAUGCAGGGAGGAUCACAGAGCAUUUCUACGUGGUAGCACACAUCAUAUUUUUGUUGAUAAGCGAUGAUACAUUUUGUGAGUUCGGUUCUAAGAUAUUGAAUCAAGAAGGGGUAGGUUCUAGCCGAUGGAAAUAUCUAUCAAUUUUGCUUCACCAUCCAUUACUUGGGGAUUUUAAAGAGAGCAUGGACGAUUUGUUUUGUAAUUUUUUGCAUGACGAUGCAAGAGAAAUGAUCGGGUGCAUAAGCUGGAGACAUCUUCAGAAACUG